AUGGUCAAGAGAUUCCAAAGAAGUUUAAAAUCCUCUCUCCGGGCCAGGUUAGCAGGUUCGGACUGGUUUUCUCACCUUCCUUUGGUUCUCUUGGGUUUGAGAGCUACUCCGAAGGAUGAUACUGGCCUUUCAGUCUUCGAGGCUGUCUAUGGUUCUCCUUUAACUUUGCCUGGUGAACUUCUGGAUGUUCCGGAACUUCCUCCUGAGUCAUUCCUGAGGAAGGUUGAAAGAGCCAUUGAUGGUUUCGCCGUUCCUCCGCCUCAUCAUGUUCAUACAGUUCCUCCAUCUCAGCUACCUGCAGCCCUCUUGAAAGCUAAGUUUGUGUUUGUUCGCGAGGAUGCAGUCAUACCUUCUCUGGCUCCUCGUUAUCGCGGGCCUUACCUGGUUUUAGAAAGGCGAAGCAAAUACUUCCGCCUCCAGAUUGGUUCCAAACAAGAUGUGGUUUCUGUUGAUCGACUGAAACCUGUGUUCAGUGAUGCUCCCGUCACUCCUGCUCUUCCUCCGCCUCGAGGAAGACCCAGCUGUCGUCCAGUAGCAAAUUCUUUGGAUCCUCCGCCAUCCUCCGCUGCAAAAAUACCCAAGAAAGUCAGGUUUCAACUUACUCCUCGAGUUCAUCCUCCACCUGCACCUGCACGUCGGAAUCCUUACAGGUCUUCAAGGGAUAGAAGAAUCAGCUCCGCCUCUAAUCUUGUUUUAAUUCCACCUAAUAUUGUUCUAACUCCAACUAAUCUUGUUUUAACUCCACCUAAUCUUGUUCUAACUCCAACUAAUCUUGUUUUUAACUCAAUAUAA